UAUGUUUACAUGUAAAGAAAAGGUAGAGAGGGAAGAAUGAGUGAUGGAAAAUUGGCUUUAAAAGCAGGCCAACUUAACCCACUAAUCUCCAUACACAAUUAGGUCUUGACAACAUGGAUGUGGAGAAGGCUUUUCACAUGGCUGCAGGAGUUGGCAAGACCAGCUAUGCCAGUAACUCUACCCUCCAGAAGAAGGCAUCGGACAUGGUGAAGGACAUAACGAUAGAGACAAUACAAGAACUAUACACUGCAACAGCUCCAAAAAGCUUAGGCAUAGCUGAUCUGGGCUGUUCCUCUGGACCAAAUACACUGUCAAUUAUCAAAGAUUUGGUGGCCGCCAUUGAAGAGACUUGCAGUAGCUUGAGUCCAGUCCCAGAAUUCAGAGUUUACCUUAAUGAUCUACCCAGCAAUGAUUUCAACUCCAUAUUUAAGGCCUUGCCUGACUUUUACAGAGACCUUAAGGAACAAAAAAAUGGAGGGUAUUGUCCCUCUAUAUUCAUUGCAGGAUACCCUGGUUCUUUCUACGGAAGACUCUUCCCCAACAAUAGUCUGCACUUUGUCCACUCAUCUUACAGUUUGCACUGGCUCUCCAAGGUUCCUCCGGGCAUUUAUGACGAGCAAGGAAGGUCCAUAAACAAAGACAACAUUUACAUUUCUGAAACCAGUCCUGAAGCUGUAUCUCAUGCUUAUUCCAACCAGUUCCAUCUAGACUUUUCACUCUUUCUUCAAUCAAGAUCUCAAGAGGUCGUGGUUGGAGGAAAAAUGGUGAUCAUUUUACUUGGCAGAGCAGGCCCUCCUCACGUCGAUCGGGGAAACUCGUUCUUUUGGAAACUUUUAUCCCAAUCGCUCGCCAAUUUAGUCUCUCGGGGAGAGACCCAACAGGAGAAAUUGGAUUCAUAUGAGGUGCAUUUUUAUGCACCAACUAAAGAAGAGAUUGAAGAAGAGGUGAGACGACAAGGGUCGUUCGAAUUAGAUCGAAUAAAAAUGUUCGAGAUAGAGAGAGAUACUACAAGUAUGGAAAUGAGCUAUGGCACCGUGGUGGCUACUACAGUUAGAGCUGUACAAGAAUCAAUGAUUGGAGAUCAUUUUGGAGAGGCAAUUUUAGAUGUUUUAUUUGAGAAUUAUGGAAGAUUGGUGGAUGAGGAAAUGGGUAAGGAAGAAAUCAAACCCAUGACUUUUCUUCUUGUCCUUACAAAGAAGUAUAUAUGAACAAAUGUACUCCAUUGAAAGAAUCUUA